CUCGAGCAAACAAUUCCGCACAUUUGUUGGCCUCCCUUGUAAAUAUGCUUUAAUCGGUGGCGCGCCCGUCUACUGAAGGUCACUUCGGUAGUGAGGGUUUUGGUGCACACUGAGAUUGAGAUACUACUAAAAAGAGAGUGCAAAUAGAAGCUUCUGCUGAACCCUGGUUCUGUUCUUUCCCAAACCCUCCUCGCUCUCUUCUGGGUGCUGUUUCUUCGGCUCUCUUCUUCUCAAAAUACGUAGUAGUCGAAAACAAACCUCCGUACAAGAGAAAAAAGAUUCAGUGCAAAAGAAUAACGAAGGAAAUUAGUUAGAAAGGGAAAAAAAAAAAAACCACAGUUGUAGUAGCAAAAAUGUCACUCUCCUGCUGGCCUUCCCCUUCUUCUUCUUCCUCUUCCUCGUCUUCAGCAUCAUUUCGAUGUCUACCAAUGGAAAAACCCACAAACCGUUUUCUCUCUCCGCAUUUCGUACCAAUCCGAUUCAACCCAACUCUCCAAAUCCCUAAUUUCGCGCUCAAAUCGAAAAACAGACGACCCACAAUCUCCUGCUGUUCUAAUAACAACUCUGUAGUGGCAGAGACGGGGACGACGUCGUACGAGCGCCCCCCAGGGGCUAAGAGAGGCAGGAGGUAUAGUAAGCAGUACCCAGGUCAUAAAGAGGGGAUUACUGAGGAAAUGAGGUUUGUUGCAAUGAAACUUCGUAAUGUCAAGGGUAAGAAAGUUGAGGCUGAUAGUAGUGAUGAAGAAGAAGGAGAAGAAGAUGACGGCAAUGGCGGUGGGUCUAGUGGGUCAGUGGAUGAAGAUGGUGAUGGUGGCGGGGGUGUUGGGCAGACUUGGAAGCCAACAAUGAAAGGGUUUGUGAAGUACCUUGUUGAUAGCAAGCAUGUGUUUGAUUUUGUUGAGCGGAUUGUUGAUGAAUCCGAUGAAGUUUCCUAUACAUACUUCAGAAGAACUGGACUGGAGCGAUCAAAAGGCCUUUCGAAGGAUCUGGAAUGGUUUAGCCAGCAGGACACUGUGAUUCCUCCCCCUAGCAAUCCUGGAGUUGCUUAUGUAAAAUAUCUGGAAGGACUUGUAGAGAAGAGUCCGCCUUUGUUUCUUUCUCACUUCUACAACAUAUACUUUUCACAUAUAGCAGGUGGCCAAGUGAUAGCAAAACAGGUAUCAGAGAAGCUUUUGCAAGGGAGAGAGUUGGAGUUCUACAAAUGGGAGGGGAAUGCAGAAGAGUUGUUCAAAGGCGUGCGAGAGAAGCUGAACAUGCUUGGAAAGCACUGGGGUCGCGAUGAGAAAAACAGAUGCCUUUGCGAAACCAGGAAGUCAUUACAUCAUAUGGGUCAAAUAGUCCGAUUGAUCAUCUUAUAAUGGUGUCCCAUUCAGUUCAACGGGACACCACUUUUCGUACUAAAGCUCCGCACAUGUUUAGUGACUUGGCUGCAUUGGGACUUGGGUUUGUAAUGUAUUUUUUCUUCUUUAGAUUCAUGUUACGUAGGUUGAUGGAUUUGAUUUAUUUACUUUUUCUCUGUAAAAUUGCAGGAGGAUUGGAUUAUUAUUAUUUUUUUAAAUCUACUA